GUUCCUCACCACCUCGACGACCAGCAUCAACUAAUCUUCAACGACCGACACACAGCAGAGAGUGGCAAUGGCGACCACCAUGCCCGCCUCAUCAGCAACAGCAUCAUCAUCAUCAUCUCAGCCCACCCCAUCCAGCCUCACUUCUUCCCUGCGCAGCCACAACAGCUCCUUCCUCUCGCUCCUCUCGCUCAUCCCUCCGCAAUUCUACCUCUCCCAGAAAGAUGAGGAUGGCAAUGAGGACGAAGAGGAAGGGCUCGAUGCGGGUCAAGCGCACAAGUUUAUGAAGAACACAAAGAAGGUCAAGAGGGACGAUGCGAAUGAGCGCAAGGAGAGGAAGAGGGCCAAGCUCGAUCCUGAUAAUGUGGCCAAGACCGUUUUGGAUGUGCAGGAGGAGAGGAGGAAGGCGGCUGAGCAGAUCGCAGAGGACAGCGAUGACGAUGAUGACGAAAGCGAAGAUGAAGAGAAAGAGGAGGACGACGAUGACGCAGACGGCGACGAGACGGUCGAGGCUCCCCCACGCUCUGCGCCUACGGCAGCCCUCACGCAAAACGACAGCAUCACCUCACUCCGUCAGAAGCUGGCACGCCGAAUUGCCUCCCUCCAAGCACGCCGCGGUGGACCUACAGGCGCAAACGCCGUUGCCAUCGGCGAAGACUCAACGAUGGACGCAGAUGACUCUCUCGACGGCGCUUCAUCGGUCGGUGAUGGGUCUAUGGCCUCUACUCGGGACGAGCUCUUGGAGGAGCGCAGGAGAAAGCGCGGUGAGAUGCGUGACCGCCGUAGGAGGGAGCGAAAGGAGCAAAGGAGGGCAGAGGCGGCAGCUCAGGCUGGUCAAGCUGAUGCUAAGGGCAACAAGGGCAGCAAGACCUCAACAACCAACGCAGCUUCAGGCUCCAAGUCGACUGCAGGUCGAUCAGUAGCUCCUUCCCUUCUCGUCUCAGAGGGAAGCAGCAAGAAUUCGCGCACCAACGGCAGCGACUCCGCUCCCACCCUUUCGAGGGAUGUCACCUUCUCCAGUCUCGAGUUCGCAGGCGACUCCGACCCCAACAAGAAGAAGCGAAGAGAUAAGAAUGCCCUUCCUGCCAACCCUAAGCAAGCCUUGGAGAUCCUUCAGAAGCGCAAGGCCAAGGCGGCAGAGGAGGGCGAUCAUGACGACAGCGACGCAGCCGAAGCUGCUCGCUGGUCCGCAGCCACCUCUGCCUCCAAGGGCGUCAAGAUCCGAAACGAUGAGGCGCUCCUUCGCAAGAGUGUCGCACGCAAGGAGAAGGCUAAGCAGAAGAGCAGCUCAGCCUGGGCGGAGAGGCGAGAGGACGAGAAGAAGAAGAUUGCGGACAAGGACAGGAAGCGUCAGGAGAACCUGAUGGCUAGGCGAGAUGCCAAGAAGGGCGGCAAGGGGGGCAAGAAGGGGAAGAGUAGUACGACGAAGGGCAAGGGGGCGAAGAGUAUGGCCGUAGGGAGCAAGAAGGGGGCUAAGAGUGGCGGAGGAGGAGGAAGGGCAGGUUUUGAAGGCAAGAAGUUUGGGGGUGGGGGAGGGAAGAAGGCAGGUGGCAGCGGUGGCGGGAAGAGGAAGUAGAUGUGACGACAUGAAGCAUC